AACGGAGCGGCGGCGGCUGCAGCCGCAGCACGGCGAGCGGGAGACCGCGGGCGGGCGGCGGCCGGCGAGGAUGCGCGGAGGGGAGGCGGCUCUCCUCGGUGCCGUAACAAAGAAGCGGAGAAAAAAGUAACGGUUCUGUGCGCUCUCUGCCGCUCGUAGACGAGGGAAUAACCGGCGAUAUUCUGCAAUCCGAAGGACUUUGUGUGCGGCGCCGGGAUGCGCGGCAGGAAAUUAACUCCGACGGGAAUGGUUUCUCUCAAAGUGCCGCGACAGGAUUGGAGGAAAUGUUUCUUUUCUGGCAGCUGAAAUCCCUCCUGCGGACGCAGCGAGGGCUGCCGAACGCACCGGGGACUUUUGCGGAGACUUAAAGCAGAUGCCGGCGUUAAUACCGGAAUGACCUUGGGAUCGGUGUGUGUGGAUCCCUCACUUCCCCCCGCCGGGCUCCAGAACUCUCUGCUGAAGGCGGUUCUGGCAUUUCUGGGGCCUUUCGGAAACCGCGAGUGUGUACAAUUAAUUACCUGCCUAACGAUUCCGGAACUAAUCGAGCAUUUACUUAAAACUGAACCCAGAAGAUGCUUUCUGUUAAUGUUUGCUUUCUGCCCAGCUGCAAAUACAGUGAGCAAGGUAACGUCCUGCAAUUAGAAGAACGAUUAUUUUAAGCGGUUAUUUAUCACGCCGUUCACCUAUAAACGUAGGAGCCCUAAAGCCACGUAGAAGAUGAAGCAGAACAGCAGGAUGAUGGAGUAGUAAACAAUGGCAGCUUUUCUGGUCAAAUCAGCGUUUCGUUAGCAUCGCAGCAGAAUGCGGAUGGAAGUUUCUGUCCCUGUGGUGUGGGGGUUUGUGAAAUGAUUCAGGUGUUGCUACAGAGGUGAGCGCUGCCAUGGCCGGACCCGUGAACUCCCGAGCGCUGGGCUCUGCUACAGCAGAGCUCCCAAAGAUGAUGAUUUUAAAUUGCCGUUGCUGAAAUAGAAUUCAAGAGGAUUUAUUUUGUCUGUGGGGACCUUGAGCUAAGGCGUGCCAGAGGUGAUGCGCUGAUGCUGAGGAGCAUCAACAGCUGUGGGACAGUAGAACCCUCCCAACUGUAAGCGCUGGCAGCAGGAGAGACCGUGGGACACUGGAGCAGUCCGGCUGCCGCUGAGCGGGUCACCUGCCUGCUGCCUGCAGUCACAGUGAUCCCACCACAAAACAUGAACCGGUCGCGAUGGGUUGAAUGGAGGACUCUGAAUAUGAGCGGUAGCGUGGUGAACCUGUCUGAGCACCUCUCUUGCCCUCUGGGAUUUGGUCACUACAACGCAGUCGACAUCUGUAUCCUCGAGACAGUUGUUAUCGUCCUGCUCACCUUCCUGAUCAUUGCGGGUAACCUGACUGUUAUCUUCGUUUUCCACUGCGCCCCGCUUCUGCACCAUUACACCACCAGCUAUUUCAUUCAGACCAUGGCCUACGCCGACCUUUUUGUUGGAGUUAGCUGCUUGGUCCCCACGCUGUCCCUGCUUCACUACUCAACAGGCGUCCACGAGUCCCUGACGUGCCAAGUUUUCGGAUACAUCAUCUCCGUGCUGAAAAGUGUGUCCAUGGCAUGUCUGGCUUGCAUCAGCGUGGAUCGCUAUCUCGCUAUAACAAAGCCUCUCUCCUACAAUCAACUGGUCACACCUUGUCGCUUGAGAAUCUGCAUCAUUUUGAUUUGGAUAUACUCUUGCCUGAUCUUCUUGCCUUCGUUUUUCGGCUGGGGAAAACCUGGUUACCACGGAGAUAUUUUUGAGUGGUGUGCUACCUCCUGGCUAACUAAUGCCUACUUCACUGGCUUUAUCGUCUGCUUACUGUACGCUCCUGCUGCCUUUGUCAUCUGUUUCACGUACUUCCACAUCUUCAAGAUCUGCCGGCAGCACACCAAAGAGAUCAACGAUCGGAGGGCUCGGUUUCCCAGCCACGAAGUGGACGCUGCUGGGGAGACGGGGCACAGCCCUGACCGCCGCUACGCCAUGGUGUUGUUUCGGAUCACCAGUGUGUUCUACAUGCUGUGGCUUCCCUAUAUCAUAUACUUCCUGCUGGAGAGCUCUAGGGUGUUGGAGAACCCCGCGCUUUCCUUCUUAACAACGUGGCUUGCUAUAAGCAAUAGUUUCUGCAACUGUGUGAUCUAUAGCCUCUCCAACAGUGUUUUUAGGCUGGGACUACGGAGACUGUCAGAGACCAUGUGUUCAUCUUGCACGUGUUUAAAGGACAGGGAUGUACAGGACCCUAAACCAAGGAAACGGGCUAAUUCCUGCUCCAUUUAAAGAACACCGGCGUGUGCCAUCAGAUGUGGAGCUUUGAUAGCGUUUGCUGUAUCUGGGAACUUACCAGAGGAGAAAUGUUUACUUGAAUAGUUUGCUAUGCUGUUAGAGAUGAGUUGAAAAAUGCUUUUGGGAAAGAAAAGGCUGCGGUAAGAGGGGUCGCUGGACUCUGACUGUAGCUCUGAAAUUGUGAGCAGAGCCAUUCAGCAGAGACAACAGAGAAAGUCAGAACUUAAAUCUUCCAAAGGGCAUGAUGCAGCUCCUGCGUGGCAGGAGAGUCCUCACAAAAUAAACGAGUUAGUUACUACCUUCUCUUUUCUCCCUCGUAGAAAAGUUGUCUUACUAUCUUUGUGUCAGAAUAUACUGUAGCCUUCUGAAUUUAAGUAUAUUUACGAGGAAGCAAUCAACUACACAGUAAGUGGCUAUCCGUAAAUUAUAUUCCUGAGGACUUGCAGUAGAUGUUGCAGAUCAAUAACCAGCUCUGUCUCUGCUCACACCUGGUACCAUUUUCAGUUACACAGACAAUCUGCAGUGCAAACAACCUACGCAGGGCGUGAUGCUUUUGGAUAAAAGGGCACAUUCUGCUACAACCAAACCUCCCCCUCUCAUUUCCUUUUAUUUCCACCCCCUCGGCCCCUUCCAUCCCGUGCAUCUUUAGAUCCCAUCGUGUUGCAGGGGUUUCGUUUGAGGGCACCUACGAGGUAAGCUGAGUAACUGCAGCUGCCCGCCUGUAAGGACUUCUUCUGUCUUUCAUUCUCUCGAUCCUGCUAAAUUAGCACACGGUGUUGAUGUAAUGUCCUUUAGGGUGUACUAAAGCUUUUCCCUUAUUGUCUACACAAAUAAUCCUAACGCAGAUAUGGUAUUCGCACACAGCAGUGCGCAUCACUGCUUAGAAAAUUAAAAAUAAGUCACGAAACCUUUUCUUUUGGAAGUCUAGCUUACUGUUGUGGCUGCCAAUCCUUUGUGUGAACCUAGCUUGCACAUCCUGUAUUCUUUUCAGAUUACUUUUUUUUUUUUUUUUUAAGAGAAAAUGUAAGCUGUGGUCUGUGCCUAAUGUUUUCCUAGCACAUGGGAUAGGUCAGUGCUACAGGAUUAAAACACUGCACUCAUUUUAAGAGAAAUCCUUCUGUGCAGUUGUUGAAUAGAUGUUUGUCAGACAAGCUCUUGGAGAAGGUGAACAAGGCAGUUUGGUAUCAAAUACAGGCAAUGAGCUUCAGUAUUUCCUUUUGUAGUGAACUGACUUUCAGGUCCACUGAAUAAAUCUUUUUUAUUUCGCAAGGGCACGCAUUGGGUUUGUGAAAUAAAUUGCCAGGGGUUCAGAUGCAUGCCAGUCGAUGAAACAAAUUAUUAUUUUGAACCAAAUGUAAUUUUCUUAGAUGGUUAUUGGCUUUUAAAAAAGGCCCAAUUAUUGAUUAUUGGUGCCUUUUAACACUGCACUAUGAUUCCUCCUUUCACCAAAACGCAUAUGUAAUAUCGUGCCUAUUACUUUUUGUAAUGGAAGCUAACCACGUUUGCACACUUGUGGUUUGACUCUAGAUCUCCCGUACUGAUGUACUCUCUGUUUUGUGGAGGUGGUUCUGAACCCCUGUACGUUUCUAAACCUGUAAGAAAGAUGAAACUAUGGAAUAAAGUAGUAUUAUGUAUAUCAAACCCAGCCUGCUUGUAGUUCCCUGAUGUUACACUCUCUUCUCUGUGCAAGUUCUUCUGGGUUCCAGCGACCUUCCGAAGGACUUUGGAAUUGCCCAUUUAAAAUCCCGAACUAGGACUGCUUGCUUUCUGUCCUCAGUGUUUGUACGCUGGUCAUCACACAGCCUUUAAAGCAGAUUGAAAUAUGACUUGAAACAUUCCUCUAGCUAAACUGAGCUGUUGCUGAUGAUUAUCCCUGACAGAUACUAUGGAGAAGCAAGUAGCGUUCUUUGCAUGUACUCAUGUCUGUGGCAAUGUGUGUAUUGCCUUCUUUAGAGAAGCUGCUGUUUAUUUCAGAAGUCUCCUUGGCUGCUCCAGAAGGUUGUUCAACCCUGUCUCACCUCAAAAACCAGGCCUGUAUUUGUGCUCUCUGUGGUGAUGUACUUACUUUCCUGCCUGGUUAGGUUCUCAGUGCACAAGAUUUGGCCAACAAGUGGGGAAAUGCCUCAUUCCUCCCAGCUCGUGUGGUUGGUUUCAAGCCAAUGAAAUAGUUCUGCAUUUGUGCUCAGGGCUUUGUUGGCAUUUCCAGUAAGAGCUUUCGGUGUGACCUUUGGAAAUCCAAGGAGAGUUCUAGGAAAUCCUUGUAGCUGACCAAACCUUUUAUUAAAAAGAAGAAACCCAACUUGAAGGCACCAGGUGCAUAUUUAUGCGGUGCUGUAGCUUGGAGCAUGUUGAGAUACACGAGCUAGCUCAUUUGUAUCAGUUGAACCCUGCUGAACCCUGCUUGUGCAGCCCCGUAGGAUUGGUGCAGCAGCCCAUGGGGCAGGCAGCAAAACGUCUCCCCCAUGUGCUGAGCUGGCACGUGGCACUUCCCUGGGACCUCAGGCUGGUGUUGAAGGGACAGGACCUGGCAGAAAUCCCCUACUCUGCAUAUGAAUUGUAGGUACCCAGGUUCCUUGCUUUCUUUUUCUUUGAAUCUCAAUAUAACAGUCGUGCAAGAGCGCUGACUUGCGUAUCUGAAGCCAGAAUUUCACUCACUCCAGCCCGUUCUGUGUAAACCUGGAGUAUGUCAAAUUAUCUGCAGCCAAGUUCAAGCCUUUGCUUCCUGGUGCUGUUCCCUAGAUGACAGAAUUUGACAUGGUGGUCAGUCACAUGCAUUUUUAAAUUUAGUAAGUGUGUUUCAUUUUCUUGCAGUGCUUUUUAAACUCAUGAUUUCAAAUGUUAUCGAAGGGAGGUUUGUUGCUGUUUUACUGAUGCUGUCUGAAGACUCCAGCUGGUGCUGAAUUCUCUUCCAGAAAUGAUAGGGCUGGAUGUUUUGGUGGGUUUAAAAAAAGUCCAGUAGAAAUUUCACUCUCCUGACCUGUCAGUUUUGAUUUUCAGUCUGUCUUUAUUAUAUACAGUUUCAUGAUCUUGUAUUAAAAGGCAAGAGAACCCCAGUUGUGCAGUGGCAGCCAAAGUGCCACCAGAAAAGCGACUUUCUCUUCACCGAGUACCACGUGCUGCUUUAUUUCCUGAAACAGCCAGGCGAUUUCCCCUUAAAAUACUCUUUACAGAGCAAGAAAAUGGUGGUCACGAAAAGCAUAAGGCGGUGUUUUAAAUGCUUUCUUAUUGAUUUUCUCAUAGUAAGAUUUUUUUUUUUCCCCACUUCUGCUUACAAACACAUCUUGUGAUUGUACUUGGUAAAGCACGAGGUGUCAUGCUAGGUUUAUUUUUGGGCAGAAUCUUUGUGUGUCCUCUGCUGAACAGUUCACUGUUCUUUAAUGAGCCGCCUUUUGUGGUACAGUUUAUGAAGACCUUUUAAAAAUAGCAUUUAUUUUGUUCUUCCAAAUAUUUUACUUCAUUACUGUUUGCCAACUGAAUAUCUGUAGCCGUGCUUUAUUUUCACCCUCAGCAAAGCUAGUAAAAAUGGCUUUUUUUGGUAAAUUGACAUGCCAGUCAAUAUUAGAAAUUGGUUGUUGAGAAUCAUGGAUCGACACAAUGAUUUGCAGUUUCAUUAGCUUAUCAUUCUGCAUAAGACAAGCAGAGUUUCAAUACGAAGAAAAGACAGUUGCUGUGACGGGAUAUCAAGUUGAUGGGAAAUGAAUUAGUUUGUAUACUAUCCCACAGCUGGUUCUCAACAUGGAGCUCUUUCAUCUUGCCAUAUUACAUAUUGAUUCUAUGAUUCUUUGAUACACUUGUAGCCCAGCCAGCACAUCUAUGGAUUUUUGUGCUGCUAUUUGAAUGUCUGUAUUCUGCCUUGGGGUGCUGCUGCAGUGGGAAGAAACCUUUGCCAGCAGCAGCUCGGCUGGCGCUGCCUUUGCAGGGAGGGAGGAGUGUGCGAUGUUUGCUAAGCCAAAUACAAAGCUCAAAUAAAACCUGUUUUUUUCCCCCUAUUUAACCUAUACAUCUCAAUUUUUUUGUAGUGUAUACUGACUACUUUCUCCAUUCGAUAGCCACAAAAUCCUUCCAGAGGACACGAGCGGGGCUCCACGGGCCUGAGGCGCUAACAGGGCAGUGCAUGAGCAGAGGAGAGGCUGCUGAGGGCACUCUUCCUCAGCAGAGCCUUAAGGAAACACUGCCAACCACUCAUCUCACCUUCACGUCCACCAUUUCUCUGGGCGUUUCCUUUAUCAAAGUACUGCGAACGACACGGGCAAGUAGAAGGAGGCCCUCGUGCUUUCAGCUGUGCUGGCAGCAAGCUGGGAAAUGCUAUUUGAGGCCAUGGAAAUGCCUGCAGAUCUUUGGGAUUUUAUCACCAUCUUACCCUGCCUCCUGCCAGACGUAACCCUCCUGAGAAGGAUGUGGCAGAAACACUGCGGGCGUUUCAUGCUCAUCACCCUGCAGCUCGCUGUGAGCAAAGCACAGAUGGUUCUGAUUGAAAGGAAGCUUCUAUACAUGUAGUGAUUGCCAGGAAAAGAGAUUUUACUUUGGUAUUUGCCCCGGCCCGUAAUCUAAGUUUUGUGAGCUUAGAGCUUUUGUGAUAUUAGAAAAAUGGACAAACUGAAGUUUUUGAGGAGGAUCAGAGAUGUCAGCAUUGAGGGCAUUUCUGCAUCUUGACGAUACUGCUUUUUGUUUCUGCCUUUUCUUGGCAUGGAAUACAUCUGCCUGUUGUCUGGAUUUUCUUCUGUAAAUUAUUUGAAUAAGCUCAAAUGCUUCACGGAUGAAGUCCAGGUAAUGAAGUAUUUGCAUGACAAGUUGGACUUGGGAAAGUGUGAUGGAGUGACAGAGAGACAACGAGGUGCAUCACUCAUAGAGCAUGCAGGUAUUUCACAUUUCCCGUGCGUUAGGUAGGAGAGUCUUUGAAUACCUGCAUCCAGUGAAGGUUUCUGCCCUUGAAUGAUCUCUCAAGUGUUAUUUAUACUUGGGCAUGUAUUAUUUAAAAGCUGCUCUUGUGUGAUGUUUAAAUUUAUAAUUGUAAAUGGACAGAUGAUGUUUCCAGCACUCAGGCGGAUCCGUUCUGACCUCUGCAAGAGGUCUGCUGCAGCCCCAGGCUCUUAAUGCUUAUUAACUGGUGGCAGCAUGCAGCUUCUCGUUAGCAGCUGUACUGGGGUGGUGGGGCUGGGAGCUGUGCAGGGAGCAGGAGCUGCUGGGGCCUCGGCUGGGCUCUCCUGGUACGCUGUGCAGGGCAGCCAGCCUGGGGCUUUGGGGGCCAGGCACUGCUUGAUGCUGCUGUGGUACUGGAUGUCUGUGCUUUAUUUGUGCUUAAAUGACGAGCAUCAAAUCUUAAGGCGUUUGUGUCCUUUUGCAAGAUGUAUUCCCUCCUAUUUCCUAUCCCUAUGGAUCCUUUUCAACGCAGCUUGCCAUUUAAAUCUCUGAUUCAUGCUCACUGACUAAACCUGGGGCGGUUUAAAUUGUUCCAGCAACAGGAUGAAGCAGGGCCCUGCCUCGCCUCCUUUCCCUCAGCAGUACUGGGCUCCUCUGUCAUCCCACCCUGCACCCUGAGAGCUGCGGGGGCUCCUGUUGGACUGGGCUGCAUGAAGGUGAUCUGCCCCAAAAGCGGUGGGACAGGUUGCUGAAGACAGCAAUGCUUUCCAUGGCCUCAGCAUGGUUUUUGCGGGAGGCUGUGGGUUAGAAUCUUUAAUGGUGAGCAGUAAGUUAAAAAUAAACAUUUCAAGGAGAGAUCCGUGUGAUGAGAGUAAUGAGUUGUUGUUAGGUCAGGAACAGAUUGGUCUCCUUUCCACCUGUGCCCUCAAUAGGGGAGCAGGAUCAUAAAAUAAUCGCGUUAUAACCAGGCAGAUUUUUGGCUCUCCGGUUUCUAUAAUGCUCAUGCAGCUUGUAUGCAUAUACAUACGUGUACACUUAAGGAUUGCAAAUGGUUAUAGAACAGCAGGUUUCUGUGGGAGCUUUCUCUGUUUCAAGGGCUUUGAGGACUGCUUUGUGGCUGCAGUCAGAUAAGUGCAGUCUGUGCUGAAACAACCAGAGCCAAACCAGCAAGCAGGCUGUCAGGGAAAGGCCUUUACCCCCACGCUGCUGUCUCUGGAGUACUGGCUACUUAAUGUUUUCCGGGCAGUAACUCGGAGUGGUUUAUGAAGAUGGCAUAAAACAUUAAAAAAAGUCUAAUAAAUACAAAUGUAAUUCCAUGCUAUCAUGACAAAAUUAUUUUUAAGAUCUUUAAUUUUUCAACUCAGGACUUAAGGAGACCGCACUUUCUGGUAUCUAGCAUCUCAGGAAGAAGCAGUUAAUUAGUAUCAUUUGCUGACUUUGCUUUAUUUCUGUGCUUGCUAUCUGCCUUUUUUAAAUUUUAUUUGAAUACAAAUUUUAAAUUCAGUUUUGCUGAUAUUUAGAUGUGUUCUUCACUUCUGUAAAAGCCUUUACGAGGAUAGGAGAGGGAGCUUCAAAGGAGCUGUGUCUAGUCCUAGGUCUACUGAAGAUGUAUGCUGUGCUAUCAAAACAAAGUUGCUGCUGUACCUUUUUUACUAGAAUUCGGGUGUUUUGGCAGCAAGCCUCAAGCACAGGUGCCAGAUUCUCCCAGCUUUUUCUUUUGGGCUGAAAUAUGAUGUGUCACUGCUUUUAUUUGUGAAUUUACACGUAAAGAAACUGUUUGGGUGGUGAAUUAACAUUUUGGAUGGGAUUUAUGGAGAUACUUUCUCGUUUUUGUAAUUCCUUCAAUUUUGCUGAGAGUAUACAAGGGUUAUUGCUGAAGUGCAGCUGGAGGUGUUACCUGUUUUCCUCAUGCAUUUGCAGUUCCUUUCUCCUGAGUUCUCAACUCAGCACUUCUGGGGGGACAGUAUGGUCGUGAUGGUUGGGCAUUGAUACGGUUGUGCUUGGUGGUCAUCUGAUUUGAUGAAUCUGCUGCAUUAAGUGCUUGUAAUUUUAAAAAUGAAAGUCACAACAGAGUGCUCCUAUGAUGCUGAUUUUGUCUGUGGUAGAAAAAUAGAUUUAUAGCAAGCCAGAAAUGUUCUACGUUGGUAAAAAGAGAUUUGGAAUGCGACGUAGGUGAGGAAUAUCUGUUUGUGAUUUAUCUGGGGUAAGAUUUAAAUUUGGGAAGGCAGAUGAGAUUUAAGAGAGAAAUGUAAUUAUUGAUCCUGUAGAAAAGCAGCCCUGACUUUUCAGCUGGCUGUGGAACAAACAGUGUCUGUGUCCUAUCAGGAAGAGGUUCUGGGUUACUGUAAGAAGUAUUAGGGAAGUUUUAGUUUAAUAAACAACAGCUGAUCCAAAAGUGGUGAGACGUUUGUAGUUAUAAAGAAGGAAAGAAAACUGUUAGCAUCAGUACCAUCAGCAUGAGGUUUCUGAUUCAAACAGUGUAGUUAUAGAUCUCUUGGACAAUUAAACUACUAACUAGUAGAUUCUGAAUUAACCGAGAGCCUGUGCUCUCUAUCUCAUCUGCACUCUUCUGGGCUAGUUUCUUUGUCUGUGUGUGAGAUCAGCCAGGCAGGGGAAAGCAGGGCUGUCCUUUUCUGCCCAGUUCUUUGUUGGCCAUCUUGGAGCAGCCAAGCAUCAUCACUGUUGGAGCUGCUGUUGUGGUGGAAGAGGAACUCGUCAUGUGGAGGAGAAGAGUUAGUUGACACCAUGCCAAGACUGAAAAUCAGAAAGAUGAGAGGAGUGCGACUUUGAAUUGCAAAAGAGAAGUAUGUGUUUUAAGGGAUCUGUUGUUUGCUUUCAACCUCCAGCUUAGCUAAAGCAUUCUGAAACCAUAUUAACCCUGCUGGUGUUUUCACCCACAAAAUGCACUGAGCAAGAAAUGAAGAUGCAGAACGUUUCCUGUCAUCCCUCCAUUGCCAAGGGUUAUUUCAUGUGAACUCCCUCCCUCCCAGGGAAUAUAAUGGAAGCUGGGCCUGGUGUUUUCUGGAGCCACCCCACUGCGGACAGCUUCAACAUUUUGACCUAUCACUGGAAUCUUUCCUGCUCUGAGAUUUAUGAGCUCUCAGAGGCUCUGCUGUUGGCUGCACCUAUGUGAGCUCUGGCUCAUCAAUGACAAGACAGGUGUUAGAAGUAUCAUUCCACCAAAUGGAUUUCUUGUGUUUGAUGGGCACGCUGAGGGCUGGGCAGUCAUUGGCUUUGUUGUUAGUUCCUUGGCUGAAAGAUGGCAGCCUCUUUGGGUGCCUUGGUCCUCAGUGCCAUCUUUGCCAUCCUGGUGUGCAGGCGCUGGGGCAGCAGUCACUGGAGGGAGGGCACAGUGGCCUCCAGGACCUCAGCCAGCUGCUCUGGAGCAUGGAUCAGUGAUGUUUGUGCCGGUGAUGGUUCUCUCUUGGUUUCCUCGUUCUCCAUCUGACUGAGGUAGGCACGAUAUUGCAGAGCAGCCAGGCCGUGUGCUGCCAGGUGCCAAUGGAACCCAACUGGCACUGGAACCCAGUGGCCUGGGUUCCACUGGGAGAUGGAACCCACAUGUCAUGGUGGUGACAUCCCUGCCUGGUGGUCCAGAUGCUGUAGGCAGUCCACUACAAAAAGGGCUUCAAACCCUAUCUAAACAACUUUUUAAAAUGCAGGGAUGACAAAAGCAGUGAGGCUAACAGCAGGAUUCCACAGUGAGCAAGGCCUUGAUGGGCCAUUGGUAAGGUUGGAGUGUUCCUCUUGUAGUCACCAGCAUGUCAUUUUUUUUCUGGAAUAACACAUUAUUCAUUCAAAAAUAAAAUCCAGCAUCCAAACAGGACUUCUGUGGAACCAGGGCUGAUAUAUUUAAUGGAGUUGGAAACAGCAUCUGGUUUGCUCUGCCCAUCAGCAUAUCUCCACAACUGGAUGUUCUCACCUCUACUUCUUGUAGAGAGCUUUCAUCCCGCCCCUUUCACUGCAAUUAGACUUUCUGCAAUUAAACUUUCUGCAAUUAAAGUUGUUACAUAUGGUUUGCCUCUAAGAACACAUUCACAUUUUCUUUAAAACCAGCAUCAGUAAUAACUGUUCUGUGAAUAAAACUGUUGUUUAAGGUAUGUUUGUGUUUUUUCUCUGCUAAGUUCCACGUAUGAGUGUUAGUGCUUUGUCUUGCUUGUUCUUACUGAAUUUACUGAACUUGUGGAAACCGUAGACUAUGGGAAUUCUUAUUUUUCUUGCAUACAAAGAAGUUAUUAAUAGAAAAAAACCAAUAUGCUUAUGUAUUGCAGUAUGCAGUAUUUUCAGCAGGAUUCCCUUUUGCAGUUUCUAAAGCUGGCAGCUUGUUACAAUUAUUAAUUACAGAUAUUUUGGUCUAAUUCUUCGUUCCUUCUGCAAGCAGAAUUCAUAUUGACUUUGGGGGAAUCUUGGAAUACUAAGGAGCCUCUGCUCAGGUCUCUCUAUUCAGGUGACCAAUAGUAUGGAGAGCACUAGACUUGUGAUGUUUAGGCAGGUACACGACAUGACUCAUGUCUAGCUCCAUUACAGUGGAGACAAAUGCAUCAGCAGCAUUACUAAUGAGAACAGAAGAAUUGCAUAAUAAAAGUAUGCAUCUGUGUGUGUGUGCUGAACUGAAAACAGUACGUUAAAGUAUGUUCAGAAAAGUCACAUUUCUCAUCUCUGUGAAGUGAAAUGGCUAAAAUGCUUAUUUUAUAUAUUGUGCAUUUUUUACAUUAUUUUAUAAGCUUACUGAGAAACUUAAAAUAUAGGUUAUUACAGUAAAAGCAUGCUAAUGUAACUCUGGAAAGUAAUUGCAUUAGAAUGCUGAUUAAAAUGUCUGAAUUCCAAAGAGACUGGCGAUGUUUUGUUACAGAUUUGCUGAACCCUUGUAUCCCAACCUAUUCUGCAUUGAUUGCAUUGCUCUUAUUUUAUGAUUUAACAGUGCUUCCUGUUUUUCCUUGAAGUGAAAUAAGAUGGUAUGAACAGAAAAGGCAUUGUAUAGCAAAUUAAUUCAUUCGAGAUUGUAUCGUAUUUUUCAUUACUGCCAUCUGAUACUGUCUCUGUUGACUGAUAGAAUAUUUGAACAUUCAAAAAUAGAGUUGAAAUCUGAAACCUGGUGGUAAAUGUACUCUUUUUUAAUGGAAAAAUAAUUUGGUUUCAUCUGCAAGACUGUGAUCUUCUCUCUGUAUCUGUAUUGUUUACCAUUGUGUAGGUUUCUUGUUAGACAUUUAACAUGGUUCCUUAACUCCUGCGACAGGAAGCCUUCUUACAGCCUCUGAGAGCUUUCUGCAUAACAGAAGAUUGGUGGUCACGCUUCAGUUUAUUAUUUGUGCCUUCUUCAUUGUCUGCAAGAAAAUAAUCUCAUGCGUACAAAUCAAGUUCAGGUUAUGUUUGUGCUUUCUCUUUGUUCAGCCUCGUCAGUUCUUAUGCUCCGUUGCAGCAGCAUCUCUGGCUGUAUUUGAGUUGACCUGCUUUCCUAUAAAUCAUUUUACUUCAAAAAAUUCAUUUUAAUUCAAAAAUUAGGGCAGCAUUAGCAUACAUUGUGUUACUUUUAUAUUUGAUUGUUCAUGGAGUUCCGUGAAUUCACAGUUAAGAUUCAGAGCCUGAAUUUAGUGUUUGCUGCCAGUUUUGUAUCCUGUCUUGCUAACCACUGCUUAUAAUAUUUAAAGUAGUUAUAAUGUUAACAUUUAGAAAUGGAGCUUUAAAUUUAGACCUGGUUCUUUACUUCUCCUAAUAUACUAGUGGUUUUUGUUCAUCUUGGUUCUAAACUUACUUUUAACAUUGACCAGAAAAGAUUCUUUUCUUGUUUUUAUUUUGGUCUUGUUUUUGAAGAUUUAGAGCCUGAUCAGAAAUGUAGCUGUAGGCUGUAAAAUGGACAACCUUCAGUUUGCACGUUUUGUUAGUAGUACUGAAUUCACAAGAGGUAAGCGGCAUGUAGGGCUGCAUAGGAGUCUGUGCUGAGCUCUUUUUCACUCUGCCUUCUGUAGUUCUGCCUUUCAAGAUUUGAGAUCUCAUGCUCAUCCCAAACUUCAACAAGGAAACCAGAAGGUGGGACAUUUUCAGACCUGUGAGGUAAAUGCUUCUGGAGAAUGCUCAGGGUGUGAGCACUGAAUGUCGUACCAGCAAGGCAGAAGCUAUGUGUGUUAUGCUUGAGAUGUGGUCCUGGAUCACAGAACCAGCCUGAAGACACUGAAUUUCUACUUUUUGUUUGAGUGGAGCCUUGUGCAUAGGGCUGCUGUUAGGGCUUAUCUAAAAUGGGAGGCUGAGGAAGGAUGUCUUUCUCCCACUGCACCACAUGCAGAGAGCCCAUCUGGGCACAGGCAGGGCUCCAGGGAGGGCUUGGAGCAGGGCCAGUAGGUGCUGCAGGAACCUGGACGCAAACACAGCAAAUAGGACCGAGUGAAGCCUUGCAGCACCAGCAGUGCUUUUGGUGACUGGAGGAUUGUCAGUUAUUGGCUUCUGGACUGAUGCUCUUCUUAAAUGUUUGAUUAGUUAAUUUAUUUCUCCCAUAGGACUGAGCAAGAGAGACGAGAGAAACUUCCACAGCCAUCCUUGCCUAUCUUUGUUCUGAUUUCUAGCAUUUUGGCAUUUUUUUUGUCUUUGAAAAGUCAUUUUCUCAGACCUUAGAAGUGGUGGAUGACUUAGGAAAACAAGAACCAUUUCUCUGUUCUUUUCCUGGGGUACGGCUUCUGAAGUGGUUAUCAGGCAGCAAUUCCUGAGGCAAAAAUUAAAUCACAUGGCUUGGAGAGCUUUGUGUAUUGUGAUAUCUUUUUGGAGGAUAUAACAGAAACUGGUAAAACUGCACUUGGAGUACUGAGGCUUUAAAGUUAAGUUCCUGAAUACUCAUUUGGGCUCACUAAGCAGAUCUGGCCUGAUUUUUCAGGUCUACUGAGCAACCUGGGUGCUUUCAGUCUUUUCCAGCAAAUGAUGCUCCAGGAAGAAUCUGCGUUGUGUUGUUCUGAGAGCAUGGUGUGAAUGGCAGCAGUGUGGCUGCAGAUGAAGAGCUGGUGUAACCGAGCAGGCUGAAUGCUUCCUGAGCCCAUGGCUGGGUGCUUCCUGCUGGCUGCAAGAGCAACAGAGCCCAGCGGAGUCGUGGUGUGCCAGCAUACGUGUUGUUCAACACUUGGGUGGGAUCAGGAGGGUUAAAUGGCCUUUCUGAGUAUAGAUAUUGGUAUAAAAUAUUUGUAUAUUACUUCUUCCAGUUUAAAUUGGGAACUGGAAGUCUCUAGGGCACAAGCAAUUAAUACUUAAUGAAGAGCAGUUGCGAAGCAAGUAAGUUUUUGUUGAUCAAAACAUUUCAAAGACAUUCAAAGUUGUAAUUGGAAUUGGGAGCAUUUUCAACUGGGAUGAAAACGUGUGGAAAAAAGAAAUCAAGAGAAACAAAGACUUGUUGCAAGCUGUUUUCCACUGUUUUCUUAUUGAGGUGUAUGUGCUGUAUUCUCAUUGGUCUUGCCGGGCUGUGUCAUAUUGAAAUGUAUUUCUGGAGUGGGCUGCUCUUGGGGCAAACACCAGAAGGCAGGUAUUACCACUGUGAAUACAUGUAUCUGCAGUUAGUACGGUGGUGUUCCUCAGCUUCUCCAUUUUGCAGAUUUUGUCGACAGGUUUUUAUCAUUAGCCUCUCGCCCUGUCUGUGCAAAUGCCUCAGCCCUUCUGCCUCCCCGUGGGAGCAGCUAAGGCCCGGUGCUAACAAGGAGACAGCAGGGUGCACUUAUUUUAAUAAUGAUUAAAGCCCAGCUGACCCCCAAAGUAAAGAUUACAGAUCUCUGUAUGGAAGAGUAAGCUGUGAUGCCCUUUCUGGAAGAAACGGAGGGUAACUAAUUUGAAUGCUAGAAAAUAAUGUACUUUUCAUCAAAGUGAGCUACGGAGAAGAAAUGGGAAUGAGGACAGCUUGUUCAGAGUUACCUGAAUUUCAGGCAAAAUCUGUGUCACAAAGAAGAAUGUAAGCAAAAUGUAAGCAAGGGAGAUCUUGUGAAGGACAUUACCUUUCCCUACUCAGAGUAACCCAUGAGUCAUCGACGUAGUAUUCAGGGAUGGGGCCCUGGGCAGCCUGGGCUGGUAUUAAAUGUAGAGGCUGGUGGCCCUGCAUGUGGCAGGGGGGUUGGAGAUUCAUCAUCCUUGAGGUCACUCCCAACCCAUGCCAUUCUGUGAACAUGCAGGUGUCAUCCAUAUGUGUUAGGAAGCAGGUAGCUAUUCACAGGCACAAGAAAUUAGCAGCUUUACGAAUCUGUGCUGCCCAACAGUGAUUGCAGAAGCAAGGAAAAAUGUAAUUUAGUGACAAUAAUGGGUCUGAAGUCAUUAAUUUUCCAUUUCUGUCAUGACAGUCAUAAACAGUUUGUCUACAAGUAGGAUGGGCAGUGUGAAGCAGCUCUGUGUUAGGUGAUGAUUGGAGAGCAUCCCUUUCUACUGUCCCUUGAGAUCCAGAAGGAGGGAGGCAGGAGCCCCACACGGGCUAGGUGGGGGUUUAUUUCCAUAAGAAACAAGACUAGAAUCUAUCAGAGUGCAUCACUGGUAGUGAUGUAUUGGUGAGAGCAAGUUCAAUGAGAAGCUGUCUUAUGCAUUUACAGGGUAACAUUGUCCCUGUAAUUGGGUGCUGAAAGCCGGACUUGUUAUUUGUUGUAACGAAUGCCAUAGAAAUUACAUGAUAAGGAAGCCAGGUCAUGAAGUGAUGAUGAAGCCUUUAAAAUAGAUUUAAAACAGAAACAAUACACACAGAUGCUUCCAAUUACAAGAUGGUGCUUGAAUGGUAUCAGUGCUUAUGUGCAGUUGGCAGGAUGAAAGUUACUGUCAUGGAACAUGUGUUCAGCAUGUAGACAGAGUUUUGUAGAGCCUCCUCACCUGAUUUUUUAAAGCAGUACUUGGGGAUUUUCUUGCCUUUUCAACACAGAAUAGUUCAGUACAGCCUUAUGUUGCCAAACCCUGCAUGGUUCUACUAAGGGGACACAGGAUGGUCUGCAGAGCUGAAGGGUGUUGAGGUCAACAGGGUGAUACUGUCCUCAGUGGCACCUACCUGCCUAGAAAAGGCUGUAGUAUCAAACGUUCCUAUUUCAGUUACAGUGAAUAAUGUUUUAUGUGCUAUAUGUGCCCAUCGUGCAGGCAUUUAUCUUAAUUAUAGUGGGUCACAUUCUUCUCAGAAGUGAAAUGCUAAUAUAAUUUGCUUCUUAAUUAAUGCUUUAGCAUCUAAUGCUUUAUAUAUACAUAUAGAAUUUAGUUUGUUGCAUCUAUUGAAUGUGUACUAAUAGUUAUUAUUCUCAUAUUCCCCAUUUGUAUUUAAAAAAGCAGUAGUUUUUGCUGCCUUCGUUGAGUUAUCUACCCAUCCAUAAUCUUUGGAUCCAUUUGUAAGCCUGCUUUUCUAUUAUAGCAGCAGGCUGGGAAAAUACUUUGCAAUGGAUACAUGGA